CCCGCGGCCUCUUCAGCACCAGCGCCCGCCGUCGCCUCCGCCUAGAGCGCAUCGCUUCAUGCCCCUUGUAUAAAGCGGUUGUGCCGCGCGCACUCGCACGCAGUCACGACCCGACCACGCUCACCCGUGCACUCAGUUGACACGCGUCUUGCACUACCCUACACACCCCACUUCACCACCGGGCAUCAAACCAAGUACCUCACGCGGACACUAUUCAGUGAAAAUGGCAGAGUGCGACUGGGGAUACACUUGUGAAAACGGUCCUGCAACAUGGGUAGAAAAGUUUCCGGAGGCGCGAGGUGCACGCCAGAGCCCCGUGGACAUAGUGACGUCACGCGUCAACAGUGGUAUUUGCCUGCCUCCUCUCAAGUGGAACUACUCCGUCAACCACCCACGUUCCGUCGUCAAUCCAGGAUACUGCUGGCGCGUGGAUGAAAAUGGAUAUGACUCAGAACUUCGAGGCGGUCCAUUGGGACAAGAUGUCUACAAACUUCAGCAGUGGCAUUGCCACUGGGGAGCUGUUAAUGGCGAAGGAUCUGAACACACCGUCGAUGGACGGUCUUUCUCCGGCGAGCUGCACCUUGUCCACUGGAACACCACCAAAUAUCACAGUUUCACAGAAGCCGCUGGACAACCAGAUGGACUAGCCGUUUUGGGAGUACUUUUGAUGGUAGGUAAACAACAUGAUGAAUUGGACAAAGUGGUGCGCUUGCUACCUUUCAUACAACACAAGGGCGACAAAGUCACUAUGUCGGAGCCACUGGACCCUGCCAAGCUCCUGCCGACCACCAUCGGCUAUUGGACUUACCCGGGGUCAUUGACCACGCCACCCUGUACUGAAUCUGUCACAUGGCUUCUCUUCAAACAACCUGUUCAAGUUUCUGCUGAACAGUUGGCAUUGAUGCGAAAACUCAAAUGUGGCGAAGCGUCACGCGGUGUGGAGGCCAUGGAGCUGCUGCACAACUACCGGCCGACGCUGCCGCUCGGCAACCGCGAACUGCGCGACUUUGGAGGCAACUAACGCCACCACCACGAACCACUUGAAAAUCAACGCAGUGUAUACAUUUUUAUGAAAUUAUAUACCAAGAGACAUGAUCUCUACACUAUGAAAGUAUCUGUGCCACUACUCGCCUCACGUAGCGGAGAGUACGUACUUACAAUUUUACAAGUAUUUGUGAUGCAAGGGAAAUAAUGUUUCCUACUUUGACAAACCUGCUAUAAAGUUUGAUAAAAACACACAUAAGUGCCUAAAUAUACAAAAUUCAAAUAGAUAUAUUCGUAAAGUAGAACACAAUUCUGAUACUUUUGGUAGGUUAUUGAAUUUUUAGUGCCUAACGACUGGAACAACGAAUUUUAAUGUAAUCAAUUACUGUAUAAUUGCUUCAGUCUAAAAUUAUAGAUUAUUUUUAACUCCAAAAUAAAAGACUUCAUGGUUCCAUACUGUAUCUGAUCAUGAUUAAUGUAGAGCUGAUUGUAUCGGAUCUUCUUGUCCAUACUAUGGCAACCACGUUACCAAUAUAUAAAUCGGUCCAUGGAUUAUACACCCCGAUACAGCGGUGAUAUUAUGUAAUUAUCAAAGUUAAAAGAUUAUUAAAAAUAGAUGCUUUCUCUCUACGUAGGUAUAUUUUAAAAUAUAACCAUAGCUGCUUCAUUAUUCACCCAAAUGUAAUGCUGUUUUCACGGAAAAUUUUAGUUUUUAUAUUUGCACUUCAAAUCCAAUCUUCAGCUUCAUUAUUUGAUUACACAAUUAAAUUCGGGUUCAGUGCUUAGAGCAGGCUCUCCUGCCUCUACAGUAUACCCGGAAAGUGUGGCUGACUACUUGUGCUUCAUACAUAUUUGUACUCAACUCGAGAAGAACUCAUCAUAGUGGUAUGGUGUACAUCUAAUAAACACAAGUAGAAUAAUUUUAACGGCAGCUAUGAGUGAUGACCCACAUCGGUUGAUAUUAUGAUUGAACUGCAUCGUCCUUACCACCAGCUACAGUGCAGUCACCCGUGUUUGGAUAAAAACUCAUAUAAAAAACGAUUUUAAACAUCUUUCCACAAUGUUAUCAUACAAGUUUUUUAUGUAUUUUUAAUCGAUAAAAAACUAAUUGACAGCUUAAUGUGUCCGAUUGAUCUCUAGCAAUUUGUAAGUAUGGUUACUAAUAUUAGAUUAUUAAUUAUUGUAACCAGUUCUUUUUAUGGAAGUUUUAAUAAAUGAAAAGUAUAAUUAUCUUGAAACACUAUUGUGGAGGUAAACGUCAUUAACUGCGUCAAUGAAAUACAUGACUUCAUACUAAGUACCUAUUAUUAUUCAUGUUUGAUAUAGAUGAGUAAUAUUCGUUGUAAAGUUAGAUAUGUAAAGCAAUGUUCUGAACAUUGUCGAAAUGUUAUUCGAUGCUUCCUACGUAAGUGUGUAAUUAUACAAUAUUAUAGAUGUAAACACGUGCCUCGAAUGUAAACGCUGCAGUUAUGUUAACUGUAACGUCUUAAGAUAUUUAUAUUACUGUAAGAAUCCUCAUAUUGUGAAGCUAUCUUUAUGUAAUGUUAGUGUCACGCCUAUACCUGUUAAUAUUAAAUAAAAAUACUUUUACCCA